AUGGCAACUAUUCAAGCUGGCUCAACAGCUUUUUAUCUACAAGGUGGCAACUCUUCUUGGCGACAAAGAAAAUUCUACCAGGAAUCAUUGGAGCAAAUUUAUUAUCGCUUCGGGUGUGGUAGCAACCAAGCACAGGAGGCCAUCGCGGCAAUGAAGCACGGUGGCAAUGCAACACAUCUGACAAUCAAUACUGGCAACAAAGCAUCUAUGGAGCGCCACACAUGCGACUGUUUGACACUGGACCAAGAGAUAUCACAUCUGGUGAAGCAGCAAUGGGGACAAAAGAAGGAACGAGAAGCACACCUGUCCAAGACGCAUCAAGCAAACACUGCGUCUAAAGGUCACUAUCAACAAGGGGCACAUUAUUACCAGAGGGAUCCGACGGCAUUGCGUAGACGCAAUAAUGGCGGCACUAUCCGUAUCCGACUUUCGAAUGCAUGCUGGCGAGCUCACGUUGAAGACACUGGUCGCACAACCGAUAAAUGCUACUCGACGAGAGAAUCAGUCGAUGGCUCCUGUCGCACGGGACAUAUAUUCAAGAACUGCGCAUUAUUGACAUUCGCACACACAUAUUGUUUAUGGCAGCAGCUUGACCGUUGA